GGUGGAGGCGGUGGAGGCGGUGGCAGUGGUGGCGGCCGAGGUGGUAACGGAGGUGGCGGAAAUAUGAGAGUAGCGUUCGACCUUCAAAAACCGUACUACUUUCCCAGAGGUGCUGUCUUUCCAGGAGACAAAGGGAUGAACGUGAUGGGAGCAGAACUGACAGGACGGAUGGGGCGUAUUCCCACCUACGCCGUUGUGGUGGACGAUGCCGGAAAUCCGGAAAUAUUAGCAGCUAGGGCGCAGGAUGGCCCUGCAGCAUCUUCCGUAGCUGUUCCUGUUUACCAAGCCAUGGCUCUACCGGACGAUGCUGUGGAUAUAAACGGAAAUAGAAUUAGCGACCAGCCACCACCACCUGUACCGCUAGCAUCAGAAUCAGAGGCACUUGUGCAAGGCAGCUCUGGAUCCGGUUGUGAUCAUUCAAAUCCAGAACGUCAAGAUUUUAACUCUGGUGCACAAAAUGCAGGAGGUUCCGCUCCAGUAAACUCUGGUGCUCAAACCGCAUCUGGUUCUGGAAACAACGAUGGUGGCUACAGGCGAUCCCGAAUGACUUUCUAG